AUGGAAAUCGAGGUCCCGAGCUCGACUCAUGAUACCGUCGAUUUGGAUAGUAUUAGUGUCAGGCGGAAGACGUUGCAGAAUCUGCUCGAUGAUUGCCAUAGAGCUCCCGAGCUGCAUAAUCUCGCCGAUACUGCUCCCAGUGGAGAUAUAACCGAAAGAGGUGGUUCCGGAAAGGAUUACAGCAACCCCGUUGGCUCAUCGGAGUCUCCUUCUUCCGAUUUAGGAGAUCCUGAAGCCGAUGAGGAUUUUAGCAGUCGUCACUCUGGGACAUGUUUCAAACAGAGCUUGAACUUGCCUAACCUGAAGCUAUGGAUCACUGGAUCACUUCUAAACCAAGAGGCAAAGUCGCACUCUCUAUGGCGUCAGACGAGGCUGCUUCUUGACCUUGACGCUGCUCCUAGCUUGUAG